AUGCAGCUGUGCCGGGGCCGCGCGUUGGGCAUCUCGGUGGCGGUGGCGCACGGGGUGUUCUCGGGCUCGCUCAACAUCCUGCUGAAGUUUCUCAUCACCCGCUACCACUUCGCCUUCCUGACGCUGCUGCAGUGCCUGACCAGCUCCACGGCGGCGCUCAGCCUGGAGGUGCUGCGGCGACGGGGCGCCCUGGACAUGCCGCCGUUCGGCUUCAGCCUGGCGCGCCUCUUCGCCGGGGUCACGCUGCUCUCCACGCUCCAGUCCAGCCUCACCCUCUGGUCCCUGCGCGGCCUCAGCCUGCCCAUGUACGUGGUCUUCAAGCGCUGCCUGCCCCUCGUCACCCUCCUCAUCGGCGUCCUGGUGCUCAAGAACGGCAUCCCCUCCGUCGGGGUCUUGGUGGCAGUCCUCAUCACCACCUGCGGGGCGGCUCUGGCAGGUGCGGGUGACCUGACUGGUGAUCCUAUUGGGUACCUGACUGGAGUGUUGGCUGUGCUGGUGCAUGCAGCCUAUUUGGUAAUCAUUCAAAAGACGAGUGCAGAUAGUGACUAUGGGCCCCUUACGGCCCAGUAUGCCAUUGCUGUUUCUGCCACACCUUUUCUCAUCAUCCUCUCCUUUGCCAGCAUGGAUGCCGUCAAUGUCUGGUCCUUCCCAGGAUGGAAAGAUCCUGCCAUGACCUGCACCUUUAUUGUGUGUGUCGUGAUUGGCUGUGCCAUGAAUUUUACCACUCUCCACUGCACCUACAUCAACUCGGCUGUAACCACCAGUUUCGUCGGGGUCGUGAAGAGCAUUGCAACCAUCACGGUUGGGAUGGUGGCUUUUAGCGACGUAGAGCCUACAAAGCUGUUUAUAGCUGGUGUGGUGGUAAAUACCAUAGGCUCCAUCAUUUAUUGUGUGGUCAAGUACAUGGAAACGAGAAAGCAGAGUCAUUACGAAGACUUGGAGAAGGAAAUGAGGGAGGAGGAGGAGAAGAAAGAAUGUGAUGGAGAGCAGCCGCCUUUUGUAAUGGAGGAGAUCUCCAAGGACACAGAGCAUGGAGAGACACCAAUGGAGGAGUCAGCAAAUGGAAGUGACCAGCAAAGCACAGAGGAGAAGGACAGCAUUGUGGGACAAGGAAAUGCGGCCACUGUCAUUCAUGGUGGCAACUCUGAAGGAGUUACCAACAGCUCAUUAAAGGACGCCUACCUUGGAGUAUGGAGGUUGGUUAGGGGGGCUAAUUAUAUGAAGAAAGAUUACCUAGUAGAGAAUGAGGAGCUACCAAGUCCUUGA